AUGCCGAUUGAAGGUACAAAUUUAGAAAAUUUACUGGAGCGAGCACUUUUUUCAACACCACUGCUUCUACAAUCAUCAACAACACCACUGCUUCUACAAUCAUCAACAACACCACUGCUUCUACAAUCAUCAACAACACCACCACUUCAUUCAUCGACUGAUACACCAUCACGAUCAGUUAACAAGAUAAAUGUUAAACUGAAAGAAUACAAUGGAACAAAUACUUCACCGUACUUUGCGGUACUUCACCGUACUUCACCGUACUUUGCGGUACUUCACCGUACUUCACCGUACUUCACCGUACUUUACCGUACUUUGAAGUACUUUAAGAUACUUUAA